AUGGCUGCAGAAUCAAUAGUGUCUCGCGAUGAAUCCAUCGCUUCACUUGAAAAAGCAGAAGGUAGAAUCACAUAUUUGAAACCGCAAUCUAGGAUCACAUGGAGUGAUGCUAAGAAAUAUUUGGCUACAAGAAUACCUACUUUGUUCCCAACAAAAGCAUCGAUUAGAGAAGCAAGGAAAGAAUACCCUAUAAAUCCUUUCCCUGCCUUACGUUCGAUGAACUGGUUGCAAACACAAUACUUUAUCGUUGGGUUCUUAGCAUGGACUUGGGAUGCGUUAGAUUUCUUUGCCGUUUCAUUGAACAUGACAAAUUUGGCCAAGGAUCUAGACAGACCUGUAAAAGAUAUUUCUCAUGCCAUUACUUUGGUGUUGCUAUUAAGGGUCAUCGGUGCUCUUAUCUUUGGUUAUUUGGGUGACAGAUAUGGUAGAAAAUACUCAUUUGUUUUAACUAUGGCUCUCAUUAUCGUUAUUCAAAUCGGUACAGGGUUCGUUAAUUCUUUCUCUGCUUUCUUGGGGUGUAGAGCUAUCUUUGGUAUCAUUAUGGGAUCUGUAUUUGGUGUUGCUUCUGCCACUGCCUUGGAAAAUGCUCCAAACAAGGCUAAGUCCAUCCUUUCUGGUAUAUUCCAAGAAGGUUAUGCUUUCGGUUAUUUAUUAGGUGUCGUGUUCCAAAGAGCUAUUGUUGAUAAUUCUCCACAUGGUUGGAGAGCUAUAUUCUGGUUCAGUGCCGGGCCCCCAGUGCUUUUCAUUGCUUGGAGGUUGAUGUUACCUGAAUCCCAACACUAUGUCGAAAGAGUCCGUUUGGAAAAAUUAGAAAACGAUGGGAAGUCUCAAUUCUGGAAGAAUGCUAAGCUUGCCUGUUCUCAAUAUUGGCUAAGUAUGAUUUACUUGGUUCUUUUAAUGGCAGGUUUCAACUUCUCCUCCCAUGGUUCUCAAGAUCUUUUCCCAACAAUGUUGACUUCUCAAUACCAAUUCUCCGCUGAUGCAUCAACUGUUACAAACUCUGUUGCAAACCUUGGUGCCAUCGCUGGUGGUAUCAUUGUUGCCCAUGCCUCCUCUUUCUUUGGUCGUAGAUUCUCUAUCAUUGUAUGUUGUAUUGGCGGUGGUGCUAUGUUAUACCCAUGGGGUUUUGUUGCUAAUAAAUCUGGAAUUAAUGCUUCAGUCUUCUUCUUACAAUUCUUCGUCCAAGGUGCUUGGGGUAUUGUCCCAAUUCAUUUGACGGAAUUAGCCCCAACGGAGUUCAGAGCUUUGAUCACUGGUGUUGCUUACCAAUUGGGUAAUAUGAUAUCUAGUGCCUCCUCAACUAUCGAAGCCUCCAUUGGUGAAAGAUUCCCACUUGAAGGUAGAGAGGACGCUUAUGAUUAUGGUAAGGUGAUGUGUAUCUUCAUGGGAUGCGUGUUCGCUUACUUGUUGAUCGUAACCGUUUUGGGCCCAGAGAACAAGGGCGGUGAGUUGAGAUUAUCCACUACGGGUACAGAACAAGACGAUGAAGAAUCUCAAAAUAACAUAUCAUUCGAAGAAAUUGUCGCGGCUGGACCAGUUUCGGAUCUAAAUUUCAAGCAAGAAAUUCAACAUAAGGAAAGAGUAUAA